CUGGGAGAGAGGAGGACCGUUUUUAACUGUACUUUGUUUGACAUGGGGAGGAAUAAGUACUGCUUUGACUUUGGCAUUUCAAGCAGAAGCCACUUUUCUGCAAAGGAGGAGUGCAUGCUAAUUCAGAGAAGUAUAGAUUGACAGCUCUGACCAGCAGAGAGUAUCUUUUUUUGCCGAAUGGUACUAUUUAGGGGCCCACCAUGAUUUGUGUAAGCCACUGACUCACACUGAAUUUAUUUUGAAAAUAGAAUAAUGUGUUUUAUGUUUGUGCCUUUUUCUAAACGUGUCUGAGGAUCUUAGGAUAAUAUGUAAAUAAUUUAUAGGGAAUACAUAAUGGAUUUGCCCAAAAUGACUAUUCAUAAUCUUUAUUCCACUUAAUGGGAUGAAUAUUUGCACAGUGAUCACUUUGCACCAGGCACUGUUCUAAGUGCUUUAUGGAUACUAACCCAUAUAGUCCUCAUAAUGAGUCUAUGAGUUCAACUCAUUACAUUGCCAAUUUUAUAGGUGAUGAAAUGGAGGCACAGAAAGGUGAAGUAAUUUUCCCAAGAUCAAUGAUAUUUAAAUAGUAGGGUCAGAACACAAAUCCAGGUAGACGAGCUUGAGAGUUUGCUUUGACCACUAUUCUGUAACUGCCUUCCAUGCAAUUGACUCAAUGCAUGUAUUAAGUAGUACUAAGCUUUUAGGUUGAAAAAAAAGUUCUGUUUUUUCCUCCUUAACUUACUGUUUCAUCUUGUGCCACCCAUCUCUUAGAAGACCCAUAACCACUUGGGAGCCCACAGGCCCAGGGUAUAAGAAUGAUUUGUUCAAUAUAAGGAAGCCUGGUUCUAUGCAAAGAAAAUCUGAACUGCGGAUCCCAGAAACUUGGGGACUGUGGCAGCCGUGGAGCCAGUGUAGCACCACAUGUGGGGAUGGUGUCAGAGAGCGUCGCCGAGAGUGUCUCACUUCCUUUUCCUCCAGACCCGGCUGCCCUGGAAUGCCCUUGGAGACCUCCCUGUGUUCCCUGGAGGAGUGUGCUGAGGGACAUUUCUUCUUGCUCUCACCUGUGGACUGGCCUUUCCUGCAUCUUCUAAGUAUCUUCAAGGCACAUGCUAGUAGCUGGUCAGUGAGUAUUUGGUGUAAAUGGUCUAUAGCUUUCCAGCCAUCCAGCCCAUCUCCUCUUCAGCCCCAGGGUCCAGCAAAGUCCAACAGCAUCGUGACUGUCACUGGCAUAUCCCUGUGCCUGUUCAUCAUCAUUGCCACCGUGCUCAUCACGCUGUGGAGGAGGUUCGGCCGCCCCGCCAAGUGCAGCACCCCUGCUCGACACAGCUCCCUCCACUCCCCCGGUUUCCGGAAGAACUCGGACGAGGAGAACAUCUGCGAGCUGAGCGAGCAGCGCGGGAGCUUCUCGGAUGGGGGAGACGGGCCCACGGGGAGUCCGGGGGACACGGGCAUCCCUCUGACCUACAGGCGGAGCGGGCUGGGGCCUCCCGAGGACGAUGCCUCUGGCAGCGAGAGCCUCCAGUCCAACGCCCAGAAGAUAAUCCCCCCUCUGUUCAGCUACCGCCUCGCCCAGCAGCAGUUAAAGGAGAUGAAAAAGAAAGGUCUGACGGAAACCACGAAAGUGUACCACGUGUCUCAGAGUCCCCUGACAGACACUGCCAUUGACGCGGCCGCCAGCGCCCCCUUAGACUUGGAAAGCCCAGAAGAAGCUGCAGCAAACAAGUUCCGGAUCAAAUCCCCAUUUCUGGAGCAGCCUGCGGUCAGCGCUGGGGAAAGGCCUCCCUCCAGGCCGGAUCUAAGUGUGACGCAGGCCAGUUGUGCCAUAAGCCCCAGCCAGACUCUGAUCCGCAAGUCACAGGCGAGGCACGUGGGCAGCAGAGGGGGCCCGUCCGAGAGGAGCCAUGCCAGGAACGCGCAUUUCAGGAGGACAGCGAGUUUCCAUGAAACCAGGCAGGCCCGGCCGUUCCGAGAGAGGAGCAUGUCCACUCUGACUCCACGGCAGACGCCCGCCUACAGCUCUAGGAUGCGGACCUGGGAGCAGACAGACGACAGAUCUAGGCCUCCGAGUCGAGACGCCCACCUGUUUCCUGAGAGGCUGGAGCAUUCCCAUGGGGCAGGUGGAACCGGUGGCCCAUUAAGCCCUCUCCCUAAAUGCUACACUUUGGGGCAGCCCUUGGGAAAACCAGACCUUGGGGAUCGCCAGGCAGGAUUAGUGGCAGGAACUGAGAGAACAGAGCCUCACAGAGCUCGUCGGGGACCGUCCCCCAGUCACAAGAGUAUCUCAAGGAAACAGUCUUCUCCCAUAUCCCCCAAAGAUAGCUACCAGAGGGUCAGUCCUCUGAGCCCUUCUCAGUGUCGGAAAGACAAGUGUCAAAGCUUCCCGGCUCACCCCGAGUUUGCCUUCUAUGACAAUACGUCAUUUGGCCUCACUGAGGCUGAGCAGAGGAUGCUGGACCUCCCAGGAUAUUUUGGGUCAAAUGAAGAGGAUGAAACCACAAGUACACUUAGCGUGGAGAAGCUGGUAAUCUAGACUGAGAGUCUGCCUGAGCUUUACACAGCUGGGGUCUGCAACUCAAGUUCUGUAGACUUUUGUGUAACUAUUUGUGCCAUAGGACACAAUGUGAUGAAGUAGCACACACAGAGGACGACGUGUGUGUAUGCAUGUGUUUCAAGUCACAAGGAAGAAAUUAUUUAUUUUGAGCUUUUCCUUUGUUAUUCAAUUUCUAUUGGUUUAUUACUAAUAACAAUGAUAAAAUGUAAACGAG